AUGAACGCCAUGUACUCUGCUGAUCAGAUUAACGUCCCUCCUGAGCUGGGGACGAUCAUGAAGCAGUACACCAAGGCUGUGAUGCGCGACAAGCCGACUGAUCUGUACAAGUAUAGUGCUAACUUUUUUGCCAUUUUGAGCGGCUACCCGGCACCUUUCGACUCGGAAGGGCAGCUGAUGGAGAAUGGAGCGCAAGAGGCAGCGUCGCGUUCGACGGAUCCAAUCUCCUUCGGAUCGGAAAAGGAGGAAAAUGCGGGGUCACAGGACCCAAUCGACAUCCUCCUUCGCAAAUACGACCGUACUGAAACAGGCUACAUGGACCCGGCAGAGCUUCCGCAGCUUCUAGCAGACCUCAGGACAAAUUUGUCUCUGGAGGAAAAGGAUGUAGCCUCCGCAGAGGAUAUUCUAGCAGUACUUCCGAGUGCAAACAAUGAGAUCGACCUGCUGGAGCUCCGUAGCCUGCUGUUCGAGGGUAUGGGUUAUUAG